GCCGCCUGGGGGCCCAGCCCGCGCCGCCGCCUCCCGCUGCCUCCGUUGCGCGGGGACGCCCCCUCCAGCGCCCGCCUGGUCGGCUAGGCCCGGCCCUGGCUCCUGGGGGGAGGCUGUGCGUCCGCCCCGGCUCCAGGUACGGGCGACCCUCAUUGGGCGCCGGGCUUAGGCAGCCCCUGUCGCGAGGGCCACACUCCAGGAAGAUGUGGAAAGCCCACCCGUGGUCCUAGGGGAGCCAGAGAAACGGCAGAGGGUGCAGCAGCUGGAGUCAGAACUCAGCAAGAAGCGGAAGAAAUGCGAAAGCCUGGAGCAGGAAGCCCGGAAAAAGCAGAGGCGAUGAACUGCAGCUGAGAGAAGCCCAGAAUGAGAAUGCCCGCCUGGUGGAGGAGAACUCUCGGCUCAGUGGGAGAGCCACAGAGAAGGAGCAGGUGGAGUGGGAGAAUGCGGAGCUGAGGGGCCAGCUCCUGGGGGUGACACAAGAGAGGGACUCAGCCCUUCGCAAGAGCCAGGGUCUGCAGAGCAAGCUGGAGAGCCUGGAGCAGGUGCUGAAGCACAUGCGGGAGGUGGCCCAGCGGCGGCAGCAGCUGGAGGUCGAGUAUGAGCAGGCUCGGCUCAGCCUGCAGGAGAAGCAGCAGGAGGUCCAGAGGCUGCAGCAGGCCCAGGCGGAAGCUAAGAGGGAACAUGAAGGCGCCGUGCAGCUGCUGGAGUCCACCCUGGAUUCCAUGCAGGCCCGGGUUCGAGAGCUCGAGGAGCAGUGCCGCAGCCAAACUGAGCGCUUCAGCCUCCUGGCGCAGGAGCUCCAGGCCUUCCGCCUGCACCCUGGCCCCUUGGAUCUGCUCACCUCUGCCCUGGGCUGCAGUACCCUUGGGGACCGUCCACCACCCCCCUGCUGCUGCUCUACCCCCCAGCCCUGCAGGGGGUCUGGCCCCAAAGGAAACCUGGCUGUGGAGGGCCUGGCUCCCUAUCCAAGAGGCUCCACCCUCAGUCCCUGGUCCCUCUUCAGGCCACAGACCGCAGGCCCACAUGCCUUCUUCUCUUUAGACCUUGACCUCCCACCGGGCUCCCCAGGGCGCUGCAGCCAAAAGUCUUCCGAGCCUGCCUCUGCCACGCUUGCUGGGGUCCCUCGAAGGACCGCCAAGAAGGCAGAGUCUCUCUCCAACUCCUCUCGCUCUGAGUCCAUCCACAACAGCCCCAAGUCUUGCCCUACGCCUGAGGUGGACACAGCCAGUGAGGUGGAGGAGCUGGAGGCAGACAGUGUGUCCCUGCUCCCAGCAGCGCCGGAGGGCAGCCGGGGAGGAGCCAGGAUCCAGGUCUUCCUAGCGCGCUACAGCUACAACCCCUUCGAGGGCCCCAACGAGAAUCCAGAGGCAGAGCUGCCGCUUACUGCUGGCGAAUAUAUCUACAUCUAUGGCAACAUGGAUGAGGAUGGCUUUUUUGAAGGGGAGCUUAUGGAUGGCCGAAGGGGCCUGGUCCCUUCCAAUUUUGUAGAGCGUGUGUCCGACGACGACCUCCUGACCUCCCUCCCUCCGGAGCUGGCUGAUUUAUCCCACAGUUCAGGCCCUGAACUCAGUUUCCUGAGCGGAGGUGGGGGUGGCAGCAGUAGUGGGGGCCAGAGCAGCGGGGGACGCAGCCAGCCCAGAGCAGAGGAGGAGGCUGCAGGGGACGAGCUUAGUCUGAGCCCCCUGCCUGAGGGUCUGGGUGAGCCUCCUGCUGUGCCUUACCCCCGCCAUCUGGCAAUCCUCAAGCAGCUGGCCCACAGUGUGGUGCUGGCCUGGGAGCCACCUCCUGAGCAAGUGGAGCUACACGGCUACCAUAUCUGCGUGAAUGGGGAGCUGCGUCAGGCCCUGGGGCCUGGGGUGCCCCCCAAGGCUGUGCUUGAGGACCUGGACCUGCGGGCCGGGGCCCUCCGUGUUUCUGUACAGUCCCUGACCAGUCGGGGCAGCUCCGACCCUCUGCGCUGCUGCUUGGUGGUGGGUGCCCAGGCCCGAGUGGUACCUACUCAGCUGCGGGUCCAUCGACUGACAGCCACAUCUGCUGAGAUUACCUGGGUUCCCAGCAAUAGCAACUUGGCCCAUGCCAUCUACCUCAAUGGGGAAGAGUGCCCCCCUGCCUGCCCCAGCACCUACUGGGCCACUUUCUGCCACCUGCGGCCUGGUACACUCUAUCAGGCACGAGUGGAAGCUCAGCUCCCACCUCGAGGAUCCUGGGAACCAGGCUGGGAGCGGCCGGAGCAGCGGGCUGCCACACUGCAGUUCACCACACUCCCCGCAGGCCCACCUGAUGCCCCCCUGGAUGUGCAGAUUGAGCCGGGGCCCUCGCCUGGAAUCUUGAUCAUCAGCUGGCUCCCAGUAACAAUUGAUGCUGCUGGCACCUCCAAUGGCGUCCGUGUCACAGGCUAUGCCGUUUAUGCUGAUGGGCAGAAGAUCAUGGAGGUGGCCUCGCCCACAGCAGGCAGUGUGCUGGUGGAGUUGUCCCAGCUGCAGCUGCUGCAGGUGUGCAGUGAGGUGGCUGUACGUACCAUGUCACCCCAUGGCGAGUCAGCCGACUCCAUUCCAGCUCCUGUCACCCCAGCCCUGGCUGUGGCCUGCCUGCCAGCCAGGGUCUCCUGCCCCUCACCACGACCAGGCUCGGAGGCCAGACCACCCCUUGCUCCAGCUUCUCCAGGGCCUGGAGACCCCAGCUCUCCCCUCCGGUGCCCUGACCCCCAUGGAACUCGAGAGCCCCCUGGGGGCCCCCCAGCAAGCCCUCCCAGAGAGACACCAAAAGGAUCCCAAGAGGAGCCCCCAGCACCUUGCUCCCAGGAGGAGGUUGGGGCAGCUGUGCUGGGUGCCUCAGAGGACAGGAGGGCCAGUGGGCCAACCGUGAGGGAGACCGUUCCUGGCCCUGCAGCGUCCUCACUCGCCAAGGAGGAGGCCGAGUGGACUGCAGGAGAGGCCUGCCCAGCACCCUGCUCUACGCAGGAAGCCCUGGCCCAGAGGGUGCCCAGUGCUGAGGCCUGCCGCGGAGGAGACGCAGCGUCUGGGCUGAGGCCCAGGGCUGAGAGGGAGGACACGGCGGAGCUCGGGGUCCGUCUGGUGAACUCCCUUGUGGACCAUGGCCGCAACUCAGAUCUAUCAGACAUCCAAGAGGAGGAGGAAGAGGAGGAAGAGGAUGAGGAGCUGGGUUCCAGGACUUGCUCUUUCCAGAAGCAGGUUGCUGGCAGCUGCAUUAGGGAGAAUGGGGCCAAGCCCCAGCCCGACCCCAUCUGGGAGACUGACAGCGACGAGGAGGUCUUGGAGCAGAUCCUGGAGCUGCCCCUCCAGCAGUUCUGCAGCAAGAAGCUCUUUAGCAUCCCUGAGGAGGAGGAGGAAGAGGAUGAGGAGGAUGAGGAGGACAAAGAGAGGCCAGGGGCUGGCUGUUCUUCCCGAGACCCUGGCCUUCCUGAGCCUGCAGUGCUGGGGCUGGGCUGUGACAGCAGUCUGCCCCGAGGACCUGGCCCGUGUCCGUUGUCUCCUGAGCCCUCCAGGGCUGGGGACCGCCUGGAGGACAUGCCCGGACUAGUUGGUGGAAACAGCUGGAAGAGAGGAAAUGGCUCCCCCGAGAAGCCCCCAAACCGCAGGCGGUCCCCAGAUCCCCGUGAACACUGCAGCCGACUUCUCAGCAACUGCGGGCCCCAGGCCUCUGGACGACCAGGCCCCACGCGGGAGAGGGGGGCCCCCGUUGUGGGCGAGGGUGCCAAGGGUGGACCAGAGGCUGGUGGGAGAGGGCGGCCGGCCCCUUCCCGGAGGUGCCCCCGGGGCCGGGCCCCAGAAUCUGGCCUGGCCAGCUGCCUUUCUCCCAAAUGCUUGGAAAUCAGCAUCGAAUAUGAUUCUGAGGAUGAACAGGAGGCGGGCGGCGGGGGCGUCAGCAUCACCAGCUCCUGCUACCUUGGAGAUGGGGAAGCCUGGGGCACAGCACCUAUAGGAAGGCCCAGGGGACCUCUGAAGGCCAAUUCAGGCCUCAACCCCUACCCACGCCUCCUGGCCUGGGAGAAAGGGGAGCCAGAACGGAGAGGCCGCAGUGCGACUGGCAGAGCCAAGGAGCAACCCUCCCGGGCAGCAGAGUCGGGGGAGCCCAGAGCGCAGAGGGACCCCCCAAGGAAAGGGGGCCGGGCCCCCAGGCCCACCGAGCUGGCCCCUCCGAGGAGUCCCCCAGAAGUGCUGGCUUACCAGGACCUACCUGUCAGGGUCUUUGUGGCUCUGUUUGACUAUGACCCUGUGUCAAUGUCACCCAACCCUGAUGCUGGGGAAGAGGAGCUCCCCUUCCGGGAGGGCCAGAUCCUGAAGGUGUUUGGGGACAAGGAUGCCGAUGGCUUCUACCGGGGUGAAGGUGGGGGCCGGACAGGCUACAUCCCCUGCAACAUGGUGGCUGAGGUAGCUGUGGACAGUCUUGUGGGGAGACAACAGUUGUUCCAGCGGGGUUAUUUGUCCCCAGAUGUUCUCAUUGAGGGCUCAGGGAAUUGUCCCUUUGUGUACUCCACAGCCCGCACAGCUGGGCCUCCUCCCAAGCCCCGCCGCUCCAAGAAAACUGAGUCAGAAGGCCCUGCCCAGCUCAGUGCAGGCUUCCCCCAGCCGGUCUCCUCUGCCAGCCUGAAAGCUCCCCGCUCCAUGGUGGCUGCAUUUGACUACAAUCCCCAGGAGAGCUCCCCCAACAUGGAUGUGGAGGCAGAGCUACCCUUCCGGGCAGGGGACGUCAUUACUGUGUUCGGGGGCAUGGACGAUGAUGGUUUCUACUAUGGCGAGCUGAAUGGACAGAGGGGCCUGGUUCCAUCCAACUUCCUGGAGGGCCCUGGGCCUGAGGCGGGCAGCUCAGACAGGGAGCCUGGGACACCCCAGGCUGAGAGUCAGGACCGGGCCAGCUCAACACAAGGACCCCCAGAGCCCCCAGGCUGGCCCUGUGCCCCUGGCUCUGGCAGCUUCCCCAGGAUUGGACUUGGGGGGCCUCAGGGCACAAGAGAGAAGGUGCGGGGUCUCCUCUCCAAGGGGAAGCAGCUCUUCAGGAAACUGGGCUCUGGGAAGAAGGAGUGAUGCUGAGGCCCAUCCUGCAGGCAGACGUGGUCCCCUGGGGCCCCCAGAUCACCGUCCCGGCUGGGUGGGGAAGACCAUGGACUCCGGUUUUCCUGAGUUAACACUGUGGCACUUGGAUGGGAAUCAGAAACUUGGCGAAGGUCAGAGCUAGAUGCGUCCUUAAGGAUGAGUCUUCUGGAAGGGCACCUUCCUCUUACAGGAGGGGAAACUGAGACCCAGAGUGAGGGAGUAACGUGGCCAAGGUGGCUGAGCACCUCAGUCACAGAGCCACGACUGGACCCAGGACUCUUGACUCCUAGGCCACCCACCUAGGCCUUGGUUCCCACCACGCUAUGCUAGUCCCUUCUGUGGCCCUUUCCCAGGAUGGGGGCCCCCUGGGGGGAGAGAGGGGCCUGUCCCCUCUGAUGGCACUGACUAUCCUGAUCAUGUCUUCCCUCCCUUGAAGGAAAGUUUGCACUGGAUUCUCCUGAGCUCCACCUCCCAUGGGGCAGGGGGGGCGGAGCCGUGUAUAUAUGUACAUACUCAGUGCCUCAGUCCAGCUUCCUCCAUCUCGCUUCCACUGCACAGGCCCGGGAAGGAGAAAGGCCAUGCCAAAGCGGGCCUAACCCCGCCCCCAUAGUGCUCCACCCCUCCUGCCAGCCUGGUCUCCUGGCCCCUGUGUGUUCCCCGCCCCCAAAGACCCAGGGGGCCAGUGGGCAGAAAGCAGGAGUAGGGUUUGCCUUAUUUUGCUCAUCGGAUUCAAUUUCUCUUUUGCAUUGUUUUCCUCUGGCCCCUGUCUGAGUCUGGGGCUGGGGAAAAGGACAGAUUUAUGCAGCUGUUGUCAUACCUUCCCUGUUCAGAGUGGGGGAGGGGGCUAGCCACUCUACCCUACCCACCCUUCCCCUGCCCUCGGCUGGGUGAGUGUCUCUGCAUGUUCCCUUCGCUGUGGUGGGAGGCUGUUUCACUGAAGCCCCACCCCCACCUUGGUCUCCAUGGGUGUGGAAUGGUGGGGGCAUUUGUUUAAAAAGACAUUUUAUUAUAAUAAAGUCUAU